AUGGGAGUCCGCAGCCUUGUCCUCGUCGUGUUCACCUUCAUCGCUGCCGUCCUUGCGGGCUCUUCUCUCCCAAAAGUCGACUACGAUGUUAUAGUCGUUGGUGGUGGACCAGCUGGUCUCAGUACCCUCAGUGGCCUGGGCAGAGUCCGAAGAAAGGCCCUGCUUUUCGACGAUGGCCAUUACCGCAAUGGAGUUACCCGACAUAUGCACGAUGUCAUCGGCAAUGACGGAGCUGUGCCGGACGAAUACAGAGCUCUUGCCAGGAAGCAAAUCUCUAGAUACACCACUACUUCGAUCAAGAACGUCAGAGUAGCUACCAUCAAGAAAGAGAACAAGGACGCCAAACCAGGUGCAUACUUCGUCGUCAUGGAUGUCAAGGGCCAAAAAUAUACUGCUCGCAAGAUCGUCCUCGGUACUGGGCUACAGGAUAUCUUCCCAAAGACUCCCGGUAUUAUGGAGGCCUUUGGCAAGGGGAUCUACUGGUGCCCAUGGUGUGAUGGCUGGGAGCAUCGUGACCAGCCUUUCGGCAUCCUGGGUAGACUCAGAGAUGUCAUGGGCAGCGUUGUUGAGAUCUGGAGCUUGAACAGAGACAUCAUUGCCUUUGUAGACGGCACCGAUGUCGAGAGCGACAGAAAGAAAAUCGCCGAGAGAUAUCCCAACUGGCAAAAGCAGCUUGAGAAAUACAACGUCAAGAUUGACAACCGUACCAUCAAGUCUGUUGAACGUCUCCAGGAUGGCUCCAAGGUGUACGACCCCAAGGAAUGGAGGGAGUACGAUUUGUUCCGCCUCAACUUUGAGACUGGACCCAGCGUCAACAGAAGCGCUCUCAUCACAAACUACCCAUACAAGCAGAGAUCAACCUUGCCCGACCAGCUAGGUCUCGAGCGUGACGCAAAUGAUACCAACAAGAUCAAGGUGAACAUCAACGGAAUGCGAACAUCCCUUGACGGUGUAUUCUGUGUUGGAGACGCAAACAACGAUGGAAGCACCAAUGUCCCACACGCCAUGUUCAGCGGAAAGCGCGCUGCAGUCUAUGUCCAUGUUGAAAUUGAGAGAGAAAAUUCUCUGGACUCUAUCCAGAAGCGAGGCACCAAAUUCUCCUCUAGAAGCGCAGAGAAGAAGGCCAUUAGAAUUAUUGGAAACGACCUUGAAGAAGCAUGGGCUAAAGCCCAGAAGGCGAAAUGA